AUGUCGGCCUCAAUCGAUACUCAAUUGGUCACCAUUGACCGCGCAUACUUCGACACGCUCGUCCGACGUGCCAACUUUAACCGCGAAGAUAUCCUCAAGAGCUCGGACGUUUCCAUUUCCAGGUCAGAGUACGAUGGCCUGAAGCAAAUCGCCGCCAAAUAUGCAAACUUGAGACAAAAUUUGGAGCGAGGCGGCGUCGAUGGGGCCACGAUUGAUCUUCUCAGCAAAGACGAUGCCACGCUCGGGCAGCAGACAGCAACAUCUACCCCAGCUACUGCCGAAUCAAACAUCGAUACUACCGCGUCCUACACGCCUCAGUCCCCCUGUUCUCGCGUCCCAGCGCCUCGGAGGGUGUUCAACGACAGCGGAAGUCAUGAGCACAAGGAACAGCACAAGACACCUGCUCAUGUCCAUUCUCCGGUAGAUGAGGAUGCAGAUGAUUACUCAGUUUCUGGUGGCGGACCCGUUGGCAGUUUCCAGACGCAAGCCUACAACGGUCAUGCUCCGAUGCGGCCGCACUAUGAGCGGCAAUGUGCAAGAUCCAUUCUCCUGAGCAAGCUACCUGACAACACUACCCAUGCCGACAUCACCGAUGCCGUGCGUGGUGGCCAGUUGCUGGACAUUUACUUGCGGUCCAAUGAUCGUACCGCGGCCGUGUCAUUCCUUCUCGCAGCCGAUGCCAAAGCUUUCUAUGACCACGUCAAGCGUCACGACUUAUACAUCAACCACAAGCGGGUUGAAAUUCGUUGGAAUGAUCGUCAAUUCAUCUUACCCGGCCAUGUCGCCAGCAAGGUCGGCAUUGGUGCCACUCGGAAUCUUGUGAUCCGGCGCUGCGAUCCGCGUUUUACGGAACAGGGUAUCAAGGACGAUCUUGAGCACAUUCACAACCUCGUUGUGAUCAAGGUGGAGUUCAUCGGCGGCAGCUGCUACAUCAAGACGAACUCCGUGCACAAUGCAAUCAAAUACAAGGGCAGCAAGAUCGAUUGGGAUGUUGACGAAUGUAACCAGCCUUUUGCGACCACGGCACAGCCCAAGGCUCGUCAGCAGACGCCAACAAACAGCAGAACCAACGGCGGUGCAAUGACCAAUCGCUUCAACCUCCUGAAUAUCGAUGAUGAUGGGGACGCCUUGACGUCGCCCGACUUUGGCACCGCCAAGAAAACCAUGUUGGCUGCUUAG